AUGGUGUCCCUCCGCUUCUCGUUCGUUUCAAUUGUGUUGGGUGUCCUGCUGAUCAAUGGAAUCAGAGCAGCGCGGAAAUGGGAUUACGAACCCAUAUCGAUCGAUGCCGCCACUUCGGAUGAAAGUUUGAUAAAUUUUGAUAUUAAAAUGAUUCGCAUAUCUCGCGGAGAAUUCGGAGUAUCAGCCACAGUCGAGUGGAACUACGAUACGACUGAGGAAACCAUGGUGGAGGCCGUUGUCUACCGAAGCUCUUCGGGCGAUGAGAGUGACUACAAGAUGCUCCCGUUUAACCUUCCCAAGCAAACCUUUUACGAUUACCUCAAUACCUACUAUAAGGAUGUGAUAAUGAAGAACUUUGGCCCCUGUUCCAAUGCUCCGCAAUUCGAGGACAAAUUUCAACCGCCAUGGCCAAAAAAGACUUAUGUUGCUGAAAAAUGCGUUAUUGAAGGGGAUGGGUUGCCGGAAAUCUUACCGCCCGGAUUUUACAAGAUAAUAUUUAAUUGUACCGGAGCGAGUCAGCCGUCAUGGUCCUUUACUGCUAUUGCUAAACUAACUAACAAAAUGUUUUAAACAUAUAUCCACUUUUAUAACCUGUAGCUUAACUACGACAAAGAAUACA